AUGGCCCAGUUUCCUACACCACCGCCGUCGCGUCCAGACUCGGAGGCCCCCGACCCUGUGCCUAAGCCUGCGGAAGCUUCCUCGGAGUUGAUGCAGUCGUUGGAUGUGCUGCUUGAACGGUAUUUGCACCUGCUGGAUCGACAGCAGAAUUUGCAGUCAGGACUGGCGAAGCAGUUGUCUUCGGGCUUUCUUUCCCUGGCCCAUGCAAACUACACUUGUCCUCCCGGUCGGCGAUAUGGUGCAGACUAUUACGAUGAGCGGAUGAAGGCUACUCGAAAGAUAUCUAUUCAUGCCUCAUCCGAAGCGGCCGUUUCUAAAGACAGUACGGAGGAGCAGGAUGGCGCCGACAGCUGUCGCCCGGACGAAUUCGAGUAUAAAUUUAACCUAGAGAAGGUUGAUAACCGCCCGGCUGAGGAGGACUCCGACGAGACCGACACAAAGGACAAUUCAUCGACAGAGCCUCCGGAGACCAAAGUAUCAAUCAACGACACUGUCGCGCCCGCAAGCGAGCCCAACACACCAGCAUCUCAAGAUGCUAACAAGGAUGGGGAGCCUCCAGCACCUCAAGAGACCAAGAAAGUUCGCAAGAAGUUCCGCUCCGACGAUCCUAUCUACUGGUACGGCAUCCUAGUGCCGCCGUCGCUGCGCACCGCCCAAAAGUCCUUUACAGAUGCUAUACAGACCCAAGUGCCCGAUCUGGCGGGCACGAUCGUGGAAAUGCGCGCAUUGGAAGAGAGGAUUACCCAGGUCCGCACCAAUUUGGGGAUCGACAAUUCCAAGGGAGCAUCGACUGAUACAUAG